UUUGCGAUGGGUCAAGAGAGGUAGCGUUCACCUGUAGGAACCUGCAUUAAUUGCCCCUUUUAACCUCAAGAUUUCGGAUUAUCACUGGGAGACUUUAGCACUUUUUAUUAUUUUUGUUUUUUUUAAAGAAAGGAUUCUGCAACCUGCAUGGAGGGAUGUGGGCAUGGCUUGCAGCAGGAGAACCAAAACUUUGGUGUCCACAUGCGUGAUUCUGAGCGGCAUGACCAACAUUGUGUGUCUGCUCUAUGUCGGCUGGGUCACUAAUUACAUCGCUAAUAUUUACAUUAAAGUCCCCAUGCCUUUUCCGGAGAGAAAGUUAGAGGAGGGGGACAAAAGAGAAGACACUCUCCGGAUCAUAGAGAGACUUGAUCGCCUGGAGAAUGUGGUCAAUCAACAUAUACAAGAGGCUCCAGGCCGGGGGGAAGAUGAGCAGGCGGACACGUCCUUCUCUGACUCCUCUAUUUUUGCUCACUGGGGUCAGGAGCUCAGCGCUGACAAUCGACGGGUGGCGCUCAAGAUGUUCCAGUACUACGGCUACAACAGCUACCUCAGUGACCGUCUCCCUUUAGACCGACCAAUACCAGAUCUCAGGCCUUCUGGGUGCAGUAACCUCACUUAUCCAUUAAAUCUCCCACAAGUGAGCAUCGUGUUCAUUUUUGUGAACGAAGCCUUGUCUGUUAUCCUGAGGUCCAUUCACUCUGCCAUUAGCAAGACGCCCUCCCACCUUCUCAAAGAGAUCAUUCUGGUGGACGACAACAGCAAUAAUGAAGAGCUAAAGGAGAAGCUGCAGGAUUUUGUGUCAGAGACAAACAGUCGACGGCCAGGAUUCAUCAAGAUGGUACGGCAUUCCAAGCAGGAAGGCUUGAUCCGGUCCAGAGUGAGCGGGUGGCGGGUGGCUACUGCACCAGUUGUUGCUCUCUUCGAUGCCCACGUGGAGUUUAAUGUUGACUGGGCUGAACCCAUUCUUCAGAGGAUUCAGGAGGACAGAACUCGCAUAAUCUCUCCGUCAUUUGAUAACAUCAAGUAUGACACAUUUGAGAUUGAAGAGUAUGCGUUGUCUGCUCAAGGCUUUGACUGGGAGCUGUGGUGUCGCUACCUCAACCCCCCCAAGUCCUGGUGGCACAAGGGUAGCAAAAGUGCUCCCAUCCAAAGCCCCGCCCUGAUUGGCUGCUUCGUUGUGGACAGGCUGUACUUUGAGGAGAUAGGUCUCCUGGAUGAGGGGAUGGAAGUGUAUGGUGGAGAAAAUGUGGAGCUGGGCAUCAGGGUGUGGCAGUGUGGCGGCAGCGUGGAGGUCCUGCCUUGUGCCCGUAUUGCCCACAUCGAGCGUGCUCACAAACCCUACACAGAGGACUUGACGUCACAUGUACGACGCAACGCCCUCAGAGUGGCAGAGGUCUGGAUGGAUGAGUUUAAAAGCCACGUCUACAUGGCCUGGAAUAUUCCUCAGGAGGACUCUGGGAUUGAUAUUGGUGACAUCUCAGAAAGAAAGGCUCUGAGGAAGAGGCUGCAGUGUAAAACCUUCAGAUGGUACCUGGUCAACAUUUACCCUGAGAUGAGGAUGUACACAGAAACGGUUGCAUACGGCGUAAUGAAAAACUCCCUGAAGAAAGAUCUGUGUCUGGAUCAGGGGCCCGACAACGACAAUGUUCCGAUCUUGUACCUUUGUCACGGAAUGACACCGCAGAAUGUGUACUACACCAGUACUCAGCAGCUCCAAGUGGGCCUCCUCAGUCCCACCAUCGAUGACGACGACAACAAGUGCCUGGUGGACGUGAACAGCAGACCACGCCUCAUCGAGUGUGGCUAUGCCACAGCAAAACGCAUGAAACUAAAUUGGCUCUUCACUCAGGGAGGAUCCAUCCAGAACAAGAAAUCAAAGAGGUGCCUGGAGCUGGUAGUGAACACUGACAAUGAGUUUGGCUACAAACUGGCUCUGCAGAAGUGCACUGAACAGAAAUGGUUCAUCACAAACGUGUUGUACAGCAGUUCACUAUGAACACACACAACUUACUUUGUGUGUGUGUGUGUGUGUGUGUGUGUGUGUGUGUGUGUGUGUGUGUGUGUGUGUGUGUGUGUGUGUGUGUGUGUGUGUGUGUGUGUGUGUGUGUGUGUGUGUGUGUG